AAUGAGGUCCUAGCUGUAGCUGUGCAAAUAAAGAGAGAUAACGGGCCGCGAACCACGAGCUAAAACUGUUUUAUUUUCUUAUGACAUGUUAGAGGAAUAGUUUAACAAGUAUCUGUCAGGGAUUCCAAGGGAGGAAUAUCGCGAUUCGAGCCGGGAGAAGGGCGAUAUUUCCAGUUGUGGGGUGUGGAAAAGCCCGGGACGCGCCGUUAUAAACUUAGCCCCUGCAAGUCAUCGAAGUUGUCUAAAACAAGUGACUGUGGCAGAAGAGAAAGUUAGCCGCAGUUAAAGAUGAGCUUGUUGUCUGCCAUUGACAGCAGCACCUCGGUGUACCAGCCUGCACAGCUUUUAAACUGGGUUUAUCUCUCUUUACAAGACACGCAUCAGACCAGCGCUUUCGAUGCUUUCCGACCCGAAGCGAGUUCUGGCCAUCCGGACCUGAACUACAGUAAAACCCCUGCAGCCGAGCUCAGCUCCUCUCUCAGCUCCAACUAUCUCAACAGCUUCUUUCAGCUGCAGCGUAACGAGGCCUUGAAUAAUGGCUUAUAUAAAAGCGUUUCUCCGUACGGCUCUCUGAACAACAUCGUGGACGGGCUGAACUCUCUAACAGACCACUUCUCCGACCUCUCCCUGACUUCUGAGCCACGCAAGCCCAGCAAGAGACCUCCACCUAACUACCUUUGCCAUCUCUGCUUUAAUAAGGGCCAUUACAUCAAGGAUUGCCCUCAGGCUCGGCCCAAAGGUGAAGGACUGACACCUUAUCAAGGAAAGAAGAGGUGCUUUGGAGAGUACAAAUGUCCCAAAUGCAAAAGGAAGUGGAUGAGUGGAAACUCCUGGGCCAAUAUGGGACAGGAGUGUAUCAAGUGUCAUAUCAACGUGUACCCUCACAAACAGCGUCCUCUGGAGAAGCCCGAUGGCCUGGAUGUCUCCGACCAGAGCAAGGAGCACCCGCAGCAUCUGUGUGAGAAGUGCAAAGUCCUGGGCUACUACUGCCGCCGCGUGCAAUAAGGACCUGCAGGUCCGUGCCCACUCCUGCCUCCCUCCCCCACUGCCCAUCUUCCCCUCUGCCCUACUCAUGAAGAGCUCCGAGAAAAAGUGAAAUGUGCCAAAAUGGUUUUGUAAAUAUUGCUAAUGCAAUUAUGGCCUUGUGUAUCAAAAGCAUAAAACACAUUUAUUUGAAAUAUGUGUAUAAUUGAUGAUUGAACAUGUGUAUUAGAAGGGUGUCACUGCCAGUAUUGAUAUCCAAACCGGGCACAAUGGGUGACCUCAGCCUUGUGCUCUCUGACUGCGUGUUUACAGACUGCCGUCAUUUUCCCUGUCAAGUGAACUAUGUGGAUGUGCUGAGUGGUAAAGGUAUUAUAUUAGUUCAGUCACACAGGGCCGAGUAUGCCUUGCAAUGUUCUUUGGGUCAACAGCACACCAAUUUAACUGUGAAUUAACAGGGGAUAUUGUACUAGUCAUCCCUGGCUUUUAUGUUCCAUAUUUAUUUGUAAUGUUAUUAUAUCGUCGUGCAAUUGAUUCAACUUAACUGGGAUUUGUAUGCACAUAUUGUUUAACCCCACCUCUUGCCAUUAGAAACUACUGUAGGAUAGAUAGAAUUAUAGGAUAGGACAGAAUUAUCUUAGCAAAGUUCCUACUUUGUCGUACAUGUAUUAUAUAUAAACAAACAACAUGCAAGAUAACGUUACCAAACACUACAGCAUUCAGCAACCAGGAUUUAACAUUUUAUAUAUUUUUGUUUGUUUGUUUUUUUUGUUUUGUUUUUUUGUUUGGGACAACAUUGAAAUGCAACAUACACAAGUCUUACUCGUUUUACUGAGCAGUAGCACAUGUAGAGUCACAAUAUUACAGGUCUGAAUGCUGCAGGUCCUUUAUUGUGUUCAGGAUAGAAUCAGUAUUAGAAUCUCAACGUAUCAUUUCGAAUGUGGGUACAGUUACUCUUACGAUGUCAUGAUGUUUAAGGCCUGCUAAAGGCAGGAUCCUGACCUUUCUGUAUCUAUGCAAUCCUACAUUGGCUUUGUCUUCAAAUAGCCGAAGUGCCAGAUGUUUAUGGUGUAUUAAUAGCAUUUAAUAGUGUAUCAAAAAGUACUUAAAAAAAAAAGGAUUAUGUGCUGAAAUCAGCCAGACCAGCUCUGAUGUAUGCAUACUUAUCUGAUAUCUGUCAAGUACUCUAACGGUGUAAGAACUUCUUUUGAAUUUAUAUGAGAGUUUUUUUGAUGCAGAGAAUUAAGGGACGGUAGUGAUAUCACAAAAACAUACAAAUAUUUCAUCUCUUUUAAAGAUUUAUAUAUGGUGGCUGUAUAAAAGUUUUGCUUUUAUCCACAUUUCCAAAUUACCAAUAGAAUUGACAAACGAUGGAGUUAGUCCCAUCAGAGCUGUGAUUUUUGGGAAAUAAUUGCCAGUGUAGAUGACACAGAGGUAACAUGGCUGAAAAGUGAAAAAAAGGAAAAGGUAUGUUAUAUCGAAAAGCCUUGAAAGGGCUCAAACCGACAAGCUGUGGUUUUGGUUACUGUUGAUUGAACAUAGGACCUUGGAAGUAUUUGAGGAAUGUAGUUUAUUGUAAAGAAAUUCUCAUGGGAGAAGGACAUUAAAUAUUACUCACAAGAUGGAAAGACUAUACUGUAGUUUACCUCUGUUUUAUAAGCAAUUACUUUACAUACUAAGCGGUCACAUCUGAGUGUGAUCAAUGGGCAGUUCAUAUUAUAUAACUUUAAAUGUAGCUUUAUUUUGUAUAACAAUGGUCAUUUGUAGACACAUUUUGUAAGCAUUUGCUGAUGGAAGUUAUUACAGACGAAAUAUUGUCUUGUCAAAAGUCUAGAUGUACAUAUAAAGUGACACAUUUCUCGAUUAUAUAGAGUGUGUAUAAUUGUUUACUAAACUUUAGAAGUCCUAACCUCAUAUAUAUAUAUAUAUAUAUAUAUAUAUAUAUAUAUAUAUAUAUAUAUAUAUAUAUAAAAUGUUGUCUAUAAUUGUUUAGUAGAGUAAAAACUGAUACUAUAAGAAGUAAACCAUACCUGAAGGGUUAAGCGUAAGAUGCUUUAAGAGAUGAUGUGAAACGUUUAAGAUUCCAGGAGGUAAAUGUCAUGUCUCAUGCUGGUCUAAGAUGUGAAUUUGAUGGGGCGGUAAGGUAACGGACCCAUUAGCACUGAAAACCUAAAACCAUCAUAUAUUUUACCCUCCAUUUAUUACUGUUUGCGGUGCCUUAGAUUUGAGGUCCUGGUGGUAAAUUUUCACUACGGCCUGCCUGCUACCGAGGAAUCAGUAGCGAGGUAGAAAAAAAAAUCACAAAUAAAUAAACUCUCUGCGAAAGAGAGCUCCGCCAUUUCAUCAGUGUUAGUCUACGGCUAGAGCGUCUUCAUUACUCAAUAAACGUAGUUUUACUGUGGAAUCUUGUUGCUAAUAGCUCUUCUGUGCCCACAUUGCUACAUGGCAAGUUUUACUUCCAGCCUCAUUUAGCUUGGAAGGAGUUACACUGUGUUUUGAUCAUCGUCGUAGGAGAUCAGCCAGAGCCUGUUUGUCUCAGUGAAAAGCCAAGACUUCAGUGUAAUCGCUUACUGCUGAUUCCUAAACCUCACUAGGACUAAACAGAAAUAUUUUCCUUAGAAGUUCAUUUUCUGAUCUCUCAAAGUAGUUACUAUUUACUGUCAUGCACCCUUUCAGGCUAAAAGAUCAUACUGAUAAAGAGCAGAACUUCAUUUGAAAAGUUUCACUGAUUUAUAAAAGGCGUAAGAAGAAUAGAUUACUAAGGCAGAGAUUAUUGUUAGAUUAGGUUUUGUUUGUUCGUUUGUUGCUCUGUGCUCGUUUUGCCCUUAUAGCCUGGAGAGAGGCCUGGAGCGAUUGCAGGUAGUGAUGUACAUGCAUUUACAGUACAAGUGCUUUUGCGCAUGUGUUUGCCUUGAAAUACGUAUACUUGACUUUUAUAGCUCACUUUUAUUGAACGAUAUGUGUAUUUUGGAAACCAGUAUAGAUGUGGAAAAUUUUGCCAUUUGAAACCAGACUUUUGUUUUGUUUUUUUUCCCUUUCAAAGACAAUUUUAUGUUCGCUUUUGUGUAUAUAUUCGAUGGCCAUCAAUUUUUAAGUUAGCUCUUUUAAAUGUUAUGAUGCAAUAUUAAAAAGAAAAUGUUUAUGCGAAAAAAAAAAGGGCAGAUUUUUUUGAGAUACAAAAGAGCUGGGAGUUUUUACAUUGUUUUACAAUAAUCUUAGGUUUUAUCCUACAGAAAUAUUUAUGGAAGGUCUUUCUGCAUUUUCUUUUUUUCUUUUGUAUAAAAAGCAACAGAACUACACUAUGAAGGAAAUAUUGAUAAUGACAUAAUAUUAUUCAAAGGUUGGUACAUAAUUAUUAUGCCCUUUUAAGCCAUUUAAUGUUUUGUUCUUUGUUUUUGUUUUUUUGGUUUUUAGAUCUUCUCAGUAUAUAUAUAGUAACUUUACAUAACUACAAACAUAAGUGCUUUAAUCUGGCUAUAAAAAAUCACCGUGUGUCUGCACAGAUGUUUCACAUAGCAGUUCUUCUAGUAAAGCAAUAACGUUGUAAUAACUAACACUUCAUGUAAAAGACUGACUCACACCACUGUAAGUCAAACUGUAUCAAACUGUGAGUGUUUUCAUGUCACCGAUUAAUAUGCCAAGUCAAAGAAUGAAUAUGAAUUUUCUUUUUAAGAUUUGCCUAAUUGUGUGAGACAAAGAACUGUAGUUGAGUUUGCAUGUGCAUGUAUUUUAACAGAUUUAAUUAAGUAUACUUUUGUGCAAUUUAUUAUUUAAAAUUUAUUAUUAGUUCAUGUAAUUUCUUGGAGACGUGCUUUCAUAGAGUUCACCUCACAAAUAACUGAUGGUUAUAAUUAAAUGCCUUUAUUCACUUGUAGAAUAUAUCGAUUAAUACCUAUUUACUGAAUGUACUGAUGAAUCUCUCUCAUGUGAUAAGAUAGAAACUUAUGUUUAUAAUGUCUGUAACAUUUUUGAAAUCAUAUUGGAUUGGACCGAGCAACAGCGCGAUAAAGGAGGUUUUUAAAGAGAGGAACGGCUGUCGCUUAAACGUCCAUGAAAUGGCAUUCCGAUAUGUGCCUUAUUUGUUAGUUAGGAAAAUGGAAUACUUUGUGCUUUUAGGGUUUGUCGAAUUAAAACGUUGAAUCUAAAUUCA